AUGAUGAGGACAAGGAUGGAAAGUAAGAACCUCUUCCUAAGCCUGCUGCUCUGCUACAGUUUGCUCAGAGCUGCCAGUUCUCAUAUGGUAAUUGAAGAGAAGACAGAAUGCAACCUGUCAAGGAGCAACAAAACGGAUCUCUCAGAUCUCCCACCCAUCUCCAUAGUAGAUUUAACUAAAAGAUCCCAGAAAGUCAGCAGGAAAGAGGCAGAGAACAGGAAAUCUUCCAAGAAAAAUGCUAAAGCGAAGACAGCUCUGAAACAAAGGCCCACAUCAGCUGCUGACUGUGUGCCAAACUUCAAAAUCUGCAAACCACAGCUGAAUUCAUGUUGUAACUACUGCGCUUUGUGCAAAUGCCGAAUUUUUCAGACCAUCUGCCAAUGUCUAAUAUUGAACCCGAAGUGCUAA